UUAUCCAAAAUGGCGUCAACUUUUCAUUUCAGUCAGGAAACACCUCCUGAUUCCAUGUUUUCUGAUAUUCAGACCAUCAACAAAUUUCAAGAUGAGCAAUUCCGUCAACUGUCCGGUGUUGUCUUCUCAUUUCUCAUAGAACCCAGUAAGUCAUCCCGCCUUCUUAGUCAACUGGAGGAGUUUGCCUCUGAGCAUGGUGUUCCAGCAGGUCCUCUCAAGAAUGUCAUCAAAAGUUUACUUACUAUUCCGAACAGUGCGUUGAAGAAAAAUCUCAGCCCAACACAUCUGAAGGAAGACUUGGUCAAUCUAGGUUUGUCUGAGGAGAAAGCUUCACACUUUUCAGAACAGUAUAAAACCAACCUGGUCGCCUUGUCAAGAAGUGCCCUUGGACAAACGUUGAUGGUCAACCAACUCGUUGAUAUGGAAUGGAAAUUUGGAGUGACAGCAGCCAGUAGUGAACUUGACAAAGUUGGCAACACAUUCCUACAGUUAAAACUAGUGAUCAAUAAAGGAAGUAACAAAACAGAAAAUGUCUACAUGGAACUCUCCCUGCCUCAGUUCUACUCUUUCCUUCACGAGAUGGAGAAGGCCAAGGCCAGCUUGGAUUUCUUCAGCUGAGCUGCUUAUGUGAUAGAGAACAAGUCCACGAUCAACAAAAUGACUGUUAUAAAUUGGAGAGAUGGAUUUAUUAUAGAGUGGUGCUCAUCCAGAAACUCACAAUGGCUUGACUCAUCAAGUGAUUUUACACAUUUGGAAUACAAUAAAACCUCUCUAUUAAGGACACCCUUGGGACUGAAAAAUGCUGUCUUUAAUAGCAACUUGCCCUGAUUACAGAGGUGCAGUGAGCACUUUGUGACCAAAUGAGCAUCUUCAAUGUAGUGUUUGUCCUCCUGAAUGAGGUGUCCGGAAAGAGAGGUUCUGCUGCACUUCUGUAUGUAUGGGAAAGUAUCAGACAUGUGCUCAUCAUGUGUUUGGGGUUUAUUAGCAGCAAUCAAUAGAUUAUGCUUCAAAUUGUAAGAUUGAUUAUCUAAACUGGCCAAGCAGAGAUGAUGGCAACUUUUUUAGUUCGUGCCUGGAAAGUUUAGUUUGUAUAUGCAGUAAUGUGAGGUGUCCUAGAGUAAAAUAAAUUGUAAUAUAUCAUACCA